AUGGUUAAAACUUGCAUUCUCUUUCAUGUCUUGAUCUUGGUCUUGUUUUUAACCGUACAAGCCUCAUCGAUCAAUGAUAAAACAUCAUCGUCCAAGUUUUACAAACGUUUUUUGGGCUCCAAAAGAGGCGACACAGUCGAAGGACUUGAACAAGUAAGGAAGUACCUUUCCAAAUAUGGUUAUAUUGGUCCCUCCAUGGAUGGUCGUUACCAAAGGAGUCUCCACACAUUUAAUGACUCAAAUGUUUUUGAUCACGACUUGAAAAAAGGUAUCAAGAAGUUUCAACUCUUCUUUAAAUUAAAUGUUUCUGGAAUUUUAGAUAAGGAGACAUUGUCAAUAAUGGUGAAGCCUCGGUGUAAAUUUCCUGAUUUUGUCAAUGGAACUCCCAUCAAGCACGGGAUGAAGUUAGUUUGGAACCCCAUUAACAGUUCUUACUACGCAUUUCUACAAACAAAGUGGCCCAAGUCCAAGUACAAGCUAACAUGGCUUGCACAUUCCACAACGAGGUCAGACGCUAUUGAGCCCCUUUCUUUGGCAUUUAAGAGUUGGCAAGAUGACUCCGUGUUUAAUUUUAAGAGAGCUUCUUCAUUUAGCUCUGCGGAUGUGAAAAUAACGUUUUAUAGUGGCGACCCCUUCGAAGAGAAGGAACUAGCUAACUCAUAUCCUCCGCCUUCGGGGAAGCUCGAUUUCAACGCAGACAUUCCUUGGGCGAUCCAGUCACAACCUCAUGCAAUGGACAUUGAAUCAGUUGCUGUGCAUGAGAUAGGACACAUCCUUGGUCUUGCCCACAGUGAGGAUAUAGAUGCCAUAAUGUGGCCAUAUUUAGACUGGGGCGUGGUAAAAAGAGUCUUGAAUUUUGAUGACAUCCUUGGAAUUACCAUGUUGUAUAAUUAA